GCAAGUGCCACACCAACUCAGGUUCAAACCCAAUAAGCAAUUCAUAUUGGUGAAGUCUCCUGAGACUCUCUACUCAGUCAUCCAGCAGGACAUCCCAGCAGCCAAUGGGGUUAUCCAUAUCAUCGACCAGCCAAUCAUGCCCAGGAAUAUCAUCCCUGACAGCCCAAAGGAUGAGCAGUUUGCUGAUAAGACCAUCGGGGAGAUCCUGACAAAGGAUGAGAAAUACAACCGUUUCCUCUCGCUGGUGGACAACUGUGGGACUACUCUGCCUCUGAGAGGUCCUGGUCCUCUCACUGUGUUCGUCCCGACCAACGAUGCUGUGGACAAGUUCAGAGACGGCAGGCUGAUAUAUAUGCUGUACCACGUGAGUACUAAUACUAUACUAUAUACAUGUAUGCUGUACCACGUGAGUACUACCGUUAUUCCCAUGACCAUGCAGAUUCCCAGGACCCUACAGCACUCCCAGUGA